CUGUUACCAGACACGGGAAGAAAAGUUGGCUUAACUAAGAUUCAACGAUGCGGGGAUCAGUUUUCUUCCAUUGAUAAGUCACGUCAAGUCUCCGUCUGUUAGAAUUUCAUGGUGACCAUACACUGAGUGCCUGAAAAUCACUUCAUUGUUUCUUGAACUAUCUCGCUUUCCCUGUUGUCUUUUCAUCGCUUCGAAAAUCAUUCAGUGUGAUUCACUGCUCUCCAUUGAAAUACAUUCUCUCCAAGGCUUAGAAUACACCAUUCUAGCAUCAUGUCACCAGAAAAUUCACCGCAUGUAGACACACAUGCUCAUGAGACAAUUUUGACCACUGGCGAUGGCAGUCCUCCCGCAACAGAGAAUCACUAUCGAGAGGAUGAGGGGCGGUGCCUGUACGAACCCAUUGCCAUCGUCGGCAUGGCAAUGAGGCUUCCGGGGCGUAUCCAUAACGGCGAAGAUUUGUGGAAUUUCUUGGUCAAUAAAGAAAGUGCGUUGUGUGACGUGCCCACGGAUCGGUUCAACAUAGAUGGAUUCUACAAUCCUUCCGGAAGCCCAGGUACAAUCCCUGUUAAACAAGGUUACUAUCUGGACGACGUGGAAUUACCUCAAUUUGACACUACUGUCUUCUCUAUGCCGAGGACGGAGCUAGAACGUCUCGACCCGUUACAGCGUCAGGUAUUGCAGGUUGCUCUCGAAUGUCUCGAAAAUUCAGGUGCCACCUCAUGGCGCGGUAGCAACAUGGGUUGCUAUAUUGGUCAAUUCGGAGAAGACUGGGCCGACCUAUUUGCUAGAGAGACGCAACACAGAGGAGGCUAUCGCUGUACUAGUCUUGGGGACUUUGCAGUGGCGAACAGGAUCUCAUACGAAUUUGAUUUGCAUGGUCCGAGCAUGACGGUCAAGACGGCGUGUUCAUCAUCACUGGUGUGUCUAGAUCUUGCUUGCAGAGCGAUCCAAAGUGGUCAAUGUGAUAGUGCUCUUGUGGGCGGGGCCAAUCUGAUCUUCUCGCCCACAACGUACCUAGCACUGAAUGAUCAAGGUGUCCUUUCACCUAAUGGACAAUGCAGGAGUUUUGAUGCCAGCGCCGAUGGUUACGCACGCGGUGAAGCAAUAAACAUGAUACUUGUCAAGAAACUAAGCCAUGCUCUUCGAGAUAAUGACACUGUUCGCGCUAUUAUACGCGGAACGGGCGUCAAUGCUGAUGGCAGAACCAAUGGGCUACUCACUCCAAGUCCUACUGCGCAAGCUACUCUGAUACGUCGUACGUAUGAAGCCGCGGGGAUCAAGGAUCCAUCACAGACAGCCAUCAUUGAAUGUCACGGGACCGGGACUCCUGUCGGUGACCCAAUCGAGACGGAAGCUAUUGGAAGGUGCUUCGGCGAUCAGGGAAUCGUGAUCACAUCGGUGAAACCAAAUCUAGGUCAUUCUGAAGCUGCUGCUGGGUUGACAAGUUUGAUUAAAUCCGUCCUCACUUUGGAACGCCGCAAGGUCUUGCCUAACAUAAAUUUCACCAAAGCAAACCCCAACAUUUCCUUCGACAGGUACAAAUUUCAUGUACCAACUGACGUCGAAGAUUGGCCCACGGGACGUGCAGAACGAAUCGGCGUCAAUUCAUUCGGCAUAGGGGGAGUUAACGCUCAUGUUAUCCUGGAGUCGUUUCGACAGUUUCAGAGCACAGCCAUCAACCCAUGCAACGAUCAGAAAUCGAGAAAUGGGGCGAUUCAUGACGAAGACCUGGCCAGCAUUGACAAUGUCUCCGGAAAACAAGUUCAAAACGCUAGUGGUGAGAUAACUGAGCACCAUAUGUCAGAAAGUCUUCUGCUAUUUUCAGCUUUCAGCAAGGAGUCACUCGCUGCGCAGAUUGAGGCAUAUCGUGAAUAUGUGGACAGUCAUGAUGUCGCACUUGGCGAUUUGGCCUACACAUUAGCGAACAAGCGCGAACACAAGCCUCUCAGAGCCUUCAUGGUAACGAACGGAACCCUAACGGAAGGUAUCUCUGAAACUCACUCUACAGAUCAAUCUCGGCCUCGUUUAGUUUGGGUCUUCACCGGCCAAGGAGCCCAAUGGCCAAGGAUGGGCGCAGACUUGAUGAAGUCCAAUACUGUAUUUCAGAGAACCAUCCGAAAGCUCGAUCGAUACUUGCAGACCUUGGAACAAUCACCACCCUGGACAAUUGAAAAUGAGAUCCUGAACGGCGAAGGUAGUCGCGUUUAUGGCGCCGAGUUGGGACAUCCGUUGUGUGUUGCAUUACAGAUUGCAUUGGUCGAUGUCCUACGGUCUUGGGGCAUUGAACCCGAUAUCACUCUAGGCCAUUCGUCAGGAGAGACAGCGGCUGCAUAUGCUUGUGGUGCAUUGACUGCAGAGGCUGCUAUAUUCACGGCAACACGUCGAGGAAUAAGCAACGUAUCUUCUGAGCGCCAGGGAUCUAUGGCUGCAGUCGGCCUAGGAUCAGAUGAAGUACGGGAGUAUUUGAUCUCAGGUGUUGACAUCGCUUGUGUAAACAGUCAGUCCAGCGUGACUUUAUCUGGGGACACGGAGGCUGUGAAACAAGUACUGGAUAAUAUCAAGGACCAGCGGCCAACAGCAUUCACCCGCAUGCUACGAGUCGAGAAGGCAUUCCACUCCCAUCAUAUGCGUGAAUAUGGACCAUCUUACGAGGAUCAAUUGAGACAAGUCCGCAGUGUCGAGCCAAACGUGGCUUUUUAUUCGUCUGUGACAGGAGAACGAAUCAGAGGUCGAGGUGAGCUAGAAGGACCAUAUUGGCGGGCCAAUAUGGAGUGCCCUGUUCUCUUCGAUACGGCUUUGCGUUCUGCACUUCGUGAUGAAUCCAAUCCAGUUGUACUGCUUGAGAUUGGACCUCACCCUGCAUUAGCCGGACCAAUUGGUCAGAUUGUUAGAGACAUGAAUCGCUCAGAUGUUCAUAUCGGUACCCUUACUAGGGGCAAAAACAGUCGGGAGAGCAUUCUCCGUACCAUUGGCCGCCUACACCAGUACUCAGUACCCAUGGAUCUUUCUCUCAUUUGCUCACCAGGAGCAAUGAUACGGGACUUGCCAUCCUAUUCUUGGAAUCAGGACACGAUACAUUGGGAAGAGCCCCGCGUGUCGCAUGACUGGAGGUUCCGUGAACAUGCCCCGCAUGAGCUUCUUGGAAACAGAGUGACGGAAACGGCCAGCCAACCGACAUGGAGAAAGGUUCUCACCCUCGAGGACACACUAUGGUUGAACGGCCAUGUGGUAAACGGUCAAGUUGUGUUCCCUGCUACUGGAUACAUUGCCAUGAUUGGUGAAGCGAUACGGCAACUAUCUGGUCAAACAACAUACACAUUGAAAAACGUCCAAUUUACUUCAGCACGAGUCCUGGAGCUGGGAAAGGCAGUCGAGCUUGUCACCAGUUUAAAUCCUACCGUUUCAGAUACGUCUGAUAGCUCGGUCUGGUGGGAAUUCACUAUCACUUCCUUCGACGGGACAGACUGGGUGAGGAAUUGCUGCGGCGAGGCUACAGGAUUGCCUGAUAAGCCUCAGUGGCUUGACAGUAUUGGCUCUCAAAAUCUAACAUUCCCCCGGUUGGUGGAAGGCGAUAGUUGGUACGACGUUCUUAAACGAGUGGGAUUCAAUUACACGGGGCUGUUCCACGGGAUAAAGUCUAUAUCAGCCGCCACCACAUCUGCCGCAGCCAGGGCAACGAUCGCAACGCAAGUGCCGGGGUCAGGUGACAAUGAACAAACGACUUCAUCAUAUACCUUGCAUCCUGCAGUUCUCGACCAAUGCCUACAACUUUUCAUGGCGGCUGCGUCUGGCGGGCAACGAAGACGAUUGAAUUCCUUGGCCGUGCCAACCUUCAUCGAUGAGAUCGUCAUUUCUCCUUCCAGCCUCGACCUAGAAGCCACGGCAACAAUCACCAAUAUGAGCAAUGCUGGAUCCUGGAAAGGAGACCUUGUAGCAUAUGGCAACUCUACGCCCGUCCUCACGCUGAAGGGUUUGAAGACCACUAUUCUAACAAGGAACGUAACGGAAGAUGGUGUGCCACUUUUUACGCACGUCGAGUGGAGUCCGCAUAGCGACUUCGUGCGGCUUGUUGCUACCCAAGAGUCCCAGACUCCACGUUCGGUGGAGUGGCCCCUUCUAGAGGAGCUCACUACGCUGUGCAUCUUCGAUCACCUCGAGCAGAUCACGAUGCAUGAUAGCGGGGCGGAUCAUCUUCGCAAAUUCCUAGAUUGGAUGCGUCUCCAUGCAGAUGGCUAUCAAUCCGGAGCAAACAAGCUGAUUCCUACAGAGCUUGGUCUUCAUAGCCUGAAUCACAAUCAGAGAAUUGUCAGGAUCCAUGAAAUCAUGGCUCGUCUUUCAAGCUCGCCGCAUGCUGUCUUCUCAGCUGCAGUUUACAAUCUUUUUUCAGAAGCAUCCGCUAUUUUCGCUGGGACUAUGCAUGCCUUGCAUGUCCUUCGUAAGGAUGACAUCCUGAGCAAGCUCUACGAUGCAAUGUCAUUUGAUUGGACUGACGCGAUCCGACUUCUUGCCAACACCAAUCCCCGGCUACGUAUUCUGGAAAUCGGUGCAGGUACUGGUGGCACUACAGCCAAGGUGCUGAAAGCCCUUCAUUCUGAGUAUGGAGAGCGUCUCUACAGCCUCUACUCCUAUACUGACAUCUCCGCUGGUUUUAUGGCCGCGGCCAAAGAGAGAUUUGCCAAUGCUCAAGGUAUGGAGUACAGUGUGCUAGAUAUUUCGAGAGAUCCGGUCGAACAAGGGUUCUCGCCUGGUACUUACGACCUUAUAAUCGGAGCUAACGUUCUCCACGCAACCCCUUGCCUCAAUACUACUUUGCGCAAUGUGCACAGUCUGCUCAAUCCUAAUGGUCGACUAUUUUUGGAAGAGCUCUGUCCAGAUUCUAUGUUCAUGAAUUAUAUCAUGGGCUAUCUCCAAGGUUGGUGGCUGGGUGCGGACGACGGCCGUGUCAACGAGCCGUGGAUUUCGCCAGCUCGUUGGGCCCCAGAGCUCCACGCUGCUGGGUUCCAAGAACUAGAGUCUGUUGUCUUAGACUCUCCAAAGCCCUUCCACCUUAGUGCAGGCCUGAUUGUCUCGCCCGCGAAUCAAACUAGCAUUGUAAGGAAAAUGGCACUACUCUGCCACUCCCUUGAUGCACCUUACGUCACAGAAAUGCGGGAGCGCCUUGAGGGGUUGGACGUAAAUGUUUGCAUCUGCAUCUUCGGUCAGCCCUUGCCUGAUUGCGAUACAAUUGCUCUCUUGGAUCUUAAAGAACCAGUGUUACACAACAUGUCCGGAGACUCCUUUGAUAUCAUCAAGGAGUAUUUGAAAUCACAUAAGCAAAGGCUGUUCUGGGUUGGUCAAUCCUCUCAGAUCAAAUGCGAGGAUCCAAGAGCGGCCAUGGUGCUUGGACUUGCCAGAACAGCUCGCAACGAGUACUCUCGUGACUUCUUCACCAUUGAAGUGGAUAAUGCGACGAGUCCCUCUACUGUCACAGAAGCCGUAGCCAACAUUGUGCGAAGGCAUUCGAUUCGGCCGUCGAGUCUCAAUGCACUAGAUACGGACUAUGAAUACGCCAUAGUAGGCGGGGAAAUUCUCAUCCCCCGGUUUCAUUGGCAGACAGCCGCCUGUGCUAUCGCAGAGGCUAGCGAAGGAAAAGACCAUAAGGGUAUGCUCAAACGGCUUACAAUGACAUCUCCCGGUCUGCUACACACCAUGGAAUGGACAGAUGCGGCAAUCCAAAGCCCAGGAAAUGGUGAAAUCCUUGUUGAGGUCAAAGCAGUUGGACUCAAUUUUCGGGAUGUUGUUGUUGCGCUCGGUAUUGUUGAAGGCGAUCCGAGCGAAAUGGGCUUUGAAGCUAGUGGAAUCAUUCAAGCGAUGGGACCCGGAGUCGACCGCUUUUCUAUUGGCGACAGAGUCAUGUUUCUCAGUGAUGGCUGCUUCACGACACAUAUGACCUUGACAGAGUCUGUGUGUAUCAAGAUGGACGACGCCAUGAGUUUUAUCCAGGCAGCUGCGGUACCUUGUGUUUAUGCCACAGCUCUGAUGGCGUUAGUUGACGUCUCACGUCUGCAACGUGGCCAGUCCAUUCUGAUUCAUGCGGCUUGUGGUGGUGUCGGCUUAGCAGCACUCCAGAUAGCACAGAUGAUAGGUGCAGAUGUUUACUGCACAGUAGGCAGCGACAACAAACGUAGUCACCUGGUGGAUAAUUACGGCCUUGACCCGAGCCGAAUUUUUUCAUCCCGUGACUCAUCAUUUUUGACCUCAUUGAUGCACGCGACUGAGAAUCGCGGUGUUGACGUGGUUUUGAAUUCGCUGUCCGGCGAUCUUCUUCACGCAUCAUGGAGGUGUGUCGCAGAAUUCGGCAUGAUGGUUGAAAUCGGAAAGCGGGAUUUCCAAAGACGCGCGAAGCUAUCCAUGGAGACAUUCGAGGCGAACAGGACAUUUGUUGGCCUGGAUCUCCGUGGACUAUCCCAGUCACGCCCCAAAAAGGCAGCUGAGUUGCUGGAACGCUGUGCUGAGUUGAUUCGCUCAGGGACCCUUAGGGGCCCACUUGUCUCUGAGAUAUUUCCUGCUUCAGAACUCCAAACUGCUUACAGGACCAUGCAAGCGGCGAAGCAUAUUGGCAAGAUAGUCAUCGAGAUGCCUCUUGACCCGUUUUCACUAGCCAGAGCGCAUGGGUGUAAGCCAAGCAGCAAUUCGCUCUUGUCCAGCAUCGAUCCGGUCUUUCGGCCAGAUCGCAGUUAUCUGCUUGUUGGUGGUCUUGGUGGCUUGGGUCGAGCUAUUGCCACCUGGAUGGUUGAGCGCGGUGCUCGAAACCUGGUGUUCCUAUCUCGAUCUGCCAAUGAAACGCCUCGACUACAAUGCUUUCUGGAAGAUCUGCGAUCACAAGGUUGCGAGGUGGCUUUGGUUGCCGGAAGCGUCAGCUGCAGGACAGACGUUGACAUGGCCGUUGACACUGCCAACGCUAUCCACCCGUUGGCCGGCGUUCUCAACUUAUCCAUGGUUCUUCGUGACGUCGAACUUUCUGAUAUGCAUUUUGACGACUGGAACGCGGCUAUCGACCCCAAGGUGAAAGGCACCUGGAACUUGCACAACGCCACAUUGUCGUUGCCUCUGGAUUUCUUCCUCCUGUUCUCGUCUCAGAGCGGCUUGAUCGGCCUUUGGGGGCAGGCUAACUAUGCGGCAGCCAACACCUAUCUCGAUGCCUUCGUACAAUACCGACACCAGCAUGAUUUGGUGGCUUCUGUCAUUGACGUGGGCGUCAUGGGAGAUGUCGGCUACGUAGCAGACAGUGACGAUAUUAUGAACUCACUAGAACGAACUGGCAUGUACAUCCUGCGAGAACAGAACCUUCUCGAGGCCAUUUCUUUGGCGCUAGCACGAUCUCGGCCAUUUACAACAACUGUUGCCGAUAAGACCUCUCGAAACUUUGGACAAAUUGUGAUAGGGCUGAACACAACAGCACCUAUAUCAUCUCCUUCGACACGAGUUGCCUGGAAGCGCGACGUUCGCAUGAGCAUUUAUCACACACUGAGCCUGUCUGAAGAAACCAUUCCAAAUAUUACUUCACCAGGAAGCAUUCCUUUGAAGACACUUCUUGCUGCGGAGCUCUCUGAAGACGAACAGGUUGAGACCAUAGCCAACGCCCUCGCUCGAACAUUGGCAGAUUUUUUGAUCAAAGAUGAAGCAGAAAUGGCUACUGACCGUUCUCUCGAGUCCCUCGGUAUGGACUCGCUCGUUGCCAUGGAAAUGAGGAAUUGGAUUCAGCAGCAGGUUGGAAUCGAGAUCAGCACUCUGACAAUCAAUCAGAGCCCUUCGCUAAUCCAUCUAGCCAAACAUAUCAGUCAAGUAAUGAAAUCUUGACGUAGGGGAUGGAGACAGCUGUGUAUAUAUAUGGAUGGAUUACUAUCAUGGGAACUCUAAUGUCUGGCGCAUUUCAUGGCUCUGCAUCUCUUGGGGGAAGAAUUGAUUUCAUGAUCAGACUGCCAUUCCACCUGCAUUCCUGACCGAGGGCACGUAAUGCACAAUUCUCUUUAUUGAGACUCUGAUGCACCUGUCUAUUUGAGACAUCCGCGUAUAUGCCCUGUCACGUCAUAGCACCGCUCACAGACCCCAGAUCUUCGUCGUCUUACGUACCAGGAAGUGUAUUCGAGUCUAGAGAUCCUGCGGGGUAGAUCGGUUCGGUACAUGGGAUUUGAUCGUCCGCUGCUGCCUAAAUUCUCAAUAAAUUCUGUAUUUUACUCAAAGUCUACUGCAGCUCCUCAAAGUUAU